GUGAGCUGAAGACAUGAAUGCACUGCAGUCCUGAUAGCAGCCAUCAUGACGACAGAGGCUGUGUCCUCCUCAGGGACUCGGGUUCAGAUCCCAGCUCCUGUCCAGAAAGACUACUACUACUGGUUACGCUCGUUCACAGCUGGAGAACCGAUUUGGAGAAAUUUAGCAUUACAUCACUUGCUCACCAGUUGAUCCUCUGCAGUGAAUGGGUGCCGUCAGAUCAAGAAUCUAAACAGCUGAUAAAAACAUCACAAUAAUCCGCAAGAAAUCCACAGAACUCCAGUCCACCAAUUAAUGUCUUGUGCAGUGAAAAGCUGAGUAUUUUAGAGAAAUGCAUGUGUUUUAACCACUGAUCUGGGUGUGUGUUCACAGUGUGUGUGUGUGUGUGUGUGUGUUCAUUGCUUUUGUUUGUGCACUUUGGAUGGGUUAAAUGCAGAGCACGAAUUCUGAGUAUGGGUCACCAUACUUGGCUGAAUGUCAUGUCACUUUUCACUUAAGCAUUGAAAGGUGUUUUUACUUUAAACUGUCACUUCUGGCCAAAAUAUAAGUCCAUAAACCAUAAUAACACUUCCUGUAGUGAAAAAAUCCAUCCACUGUUGUACUCUCAGUUCGAUAUUCACCAACAUAUUUGUUAAGAACUGUUUUCGCUUGUAAAUACUGCUUGAUCUGUGCAUAGUUAACUCCCGAUUCAGAUGAGAGGACUGGAGAAAGCAAUCUUAUGCAUAGAAAGUCUAGUGUUUUAGCUAGAAGCGAUGCUUUUAAAAGUUAAAAAGUCUUAAUGAUGGAUUUGUUUCUUACAAGCACUCAGCUUUUCACUGCACGAGACAUUAAUUGAUGGAAUGGAGUUCUGUGGAUUAUUGUGAUGUUUAUAAGAGCAGUUUGGACUCUGACGGCACCCAUUCACUGCAGAGGAUCCACUGGUGUUGCAGGAUGCUGUGCCAAGUCCACCAUAGCGCCUCUCGAUAGAGUGAAAAUUUUACUACAAGCUCAAAAUCCUCAUUACAAACACCUUGGAGUGUUUGCCACACUUAAGGCAGUGCCAAAAAAAGAGGGUUUCCUUGGACUAUACAAAGGAAAUGGAGCCAUGAUGAUCAGGAUUUUCCCAUAUGGAGCCAUUCAGUUUAUGGCUUUUGAUAACUACAGAAAGUUCCUUAACACACAACUGGGGAUAUCUGGGCAUAUUCAUCGGCUCAUGGCAGGAUCUAUGGCAGGGAUGACUGCAGUUAUUUUCACCUAUCCACUCGAUGUUAUCCGAGCACGCUUGGCGUUUCAAGUGACAGGAGAGCACCGCUACACUGGCAUACGAAAUGCUUUUCAGACUAUAUACCUUAAGGAAGGAGGAAUCUCUGGAUUCUACCGUGGUUUGACCCCCACAAUCAUUGGCAUGGCUCCAUAUGCAGGCUUUUCUUUUUUCACGUUUGGCACAUUGAAGACUCUGGGACUUUCUCACUUCCCCGAGCUCUUAGGCAAGCCGUCUCUUGACAACCCUGAUGUCCUAGUGCUGAAGACCCAUGUCAAUCUGAUGUGUGGUGGGGUUGCCGGAGCAAUUGCCCAAACUAUUGCAUAUCCAUUAGAUGUUGCCCGGAGGAGAAUGCAGUUAGGUGCGUCACUGCCUGAUUUUGACAAAUGUUGCAGCCUGACUAAAACUCUCAAGCAUGUGUACACCCAGUAUGGUGUUAAGAAAGGACUGUACCGUGGCCUGUCCCUCAACUACAUCCGCUGUAUACCGUCACAAGCCGUUGCCUUCACCACUUAUGAGUUCAUGAAGCAAGUUCUUCACCUAAACUAGAACAAGCAGUCACUAAGCCUUACAGGAACGGGUUGAACCGACCCCGGGAACAUCACAGCAGCCCUGUCUGCCAUUCCAGCGACCAGUCAUCUGAACGCCAGUUAUUACAAAACACCCUCACAAUUAGCAGACCUGUGCCUUUGCACAGCCCAGCAACCAUCACUAAAGGUACAGAGACAAAAGUUAUGUGUGGAUCAGAAACAACCGACACAUGGAAUCUGCGUCUGUAUGGAAACUUGCCUGUAAGAAGCCUUUCCAUCUCAGAUCGAGCAAUUUGCCUUAAUCAUAAAAACACUAAAUCACAGGAGGUUUUACUUAUGUGGACAGUUUCAGUUUAUCACAGUGCUUUUAACUAUGACUGAAGACGUCACUUUUUAUGUCAAAUAUGGAAGUUGACUUUUUUGUUGUUGCUAAAUUUCCUUCAUAUGUAGCGUUAUAUUUCAGUAAAUUUGAGUCAACGUAAAUCUAAUUGACUGAUAUUAGUUUCUUUUAGUGAUAAAAGAUGACUUUCCUCUACAAUUCAAUAUUAUAGGACAUGGAAGAGAGCAUACACAAUGUCAAUGCAGUAUUCAGUCUUGUUCGCAUGCCGACGUUACUGUGGCUGAAGUUUAAUAUCUUAGAUAGAUUGAUGCCUUACAGUGCAGGUUAGUUCACAGAGAGCAUCAACAUCACAGCUGAUAUGCAUGUGAAGCUUCGAUUCAUGAUGGGAACUAAAAGAGUCCCUUAAAUACAGUAAUGUUUAAAUGAAAUAAAAUAAUGACUUGCCUUUUUAUAUGCAAAGGAUUUGUCACAGACAUGUCAUAAAACAAAUAGUUCUGUCUUGCUUGUGUUAUGAAUCUCACAUUGGAUUCAUAACAGUCAUUACACUUUUACCCAGCCAGAUUAAAAUUAAAUGGUUACCUCAUUAUCUUUCUGUUGUAAAAUUAUCUUCUUUUUUUGUUGCCAUGUGAUGGCAGUGUUGCAGUGAAUAUAGUCCUUAAACCUCUGUAAAUUUAAUGUACAAGUUGAUCAUUUAACUGCACCUGUUUCCAAAGAUGAAUGGGAAUAUUUAUGAAUAUAUGUGUGUAUGAGUACAUUAAACAGCAGUUGACACGGUUUUAUUACUGAGUGAAUACAUGUAUGUGUAAUGAAGGCCAUGAUUCAUUGAACACAUUUCAAGUUUAUUUGCACUACAUGCCAUCGAGCUGAAUCACUAGAAUCUGAGGUCUGUCUUAAGCUUAUCUUUUCUGAUUCGUGAGAACUGUGUUCGUCUUGCUGCUCUGGAUAAAUCGCCUUUAUUUAUUUGUGUUAUAUUUGCUUAAUGAAUGGAUAUUAUGUCCGAUUUAAAUGGUUAAUAGGCACUGAACAAAUGAACAAUGUGAAUGGCCGUUCAGUACAUGUGAUUACUCAUUUGAAUGUAUGCUUAGAUGAUCAUUAAAGAAAUGUUAAUCCAAUUCUUUGGAGUAAAAAUAAAAUAUUUUGUGUUGUGCCGGA